AUGGGACAUCCGAAUAUCGAACAGCGCAAAUUCAACUUUUGCCCAAGUCUCGCUGGCCUCGACCUGGAGAACCUCAUCAACCAAUGUCUUGAGUGCACUCGCUUCUUCGGCGCUUGCUGUCUCCAUCAAUCCUACGGUGGCGAUUUGGCUGUACCCAACAAAGACGUUUGCCACCACUUCCAAAUUGUCUUUAUUGACGGCGCGUGUUCCAACAAUGGUCGGGAAGAUGCUAAAGCUGGGCUGGGUAUUACCAUCGGCGACGAUGAAUCCUAUUGUUGGAGUAUCGCUGUGAACGAUGCGGCAGACCCAAAUGGACCCAGGACUAAUCAACGUGCCGAGUUGUUGGCAGCGAUAGAAGGUUUGCAGCUAUUGGCGAAUGUGAAUCGACUUAACGCGAUCCACGAAGCAAUGGGAAUGGGGGAUGAACACCACAAGCCAGCCAGACGCAACACUGACGAAUUCGGUCCCACCUACGUCGUCGUGGCCGAUUCUGAAUACGUCGUGAAAGGGAUCACGGAAUGGCUUCCCACGUGGCGUGUCAGAGACUGGCGUACGGCAGCUGGAAAACGACCCACGAACUUGGACUUGUUUUUGAAGCUGGAUGAGGUUACCAUGAGCUUGGAGAAGGAUGGCAUCACAGUUGGCUUUUGGCACAUUCCAAGGGCAUAUAACCACAAGGCUGAUCGUCUGGCGAAGCUUGCAACUGUUUAA